GUCUCCAAAACCGCAAGUUCAGUUACAUUAUCCUUCCAUUACCAUAUAUACACGUAAGUCCUUAAAUGUAGUAGCUAGGUGCCUUCAUCUGUCAUCUGUGUAUACAUUAUUUUUGUUUUCACGGUUUCUCCUAGUCCUAGGACGUCAUGGAGGAGCUUCAAAAUCAAAACCACAACACUUUCUCCAUGUACUUCAUCACCUCCAUUCUCUUUUUUCUCUUGGUGUUCUUGAAAUUAGUUCAACGAUCAGGCUCCAACAAGAAUUUACCCCCAGGACCAAGGCCACUUCCUCUCAUAGGGAACAUACACCAGUUACUUGGGUCACUUCCUCAAGUAUGCUUAAAAAAAUUGGCAGACAAAUAUGGUCCACUGAUGCAUCUAAAACUAGGAGAGGUAUCCAACAUCAUAGUCACUUCACCAGAAACAGCCCAGCAGAUUAUGAAAACACACGGCCUCAACUUCUCCGACAGACCAAACCUAUUAUCAUCCAGAAUAGUUUCUUACAACGGCGCUGACAUUGCCUUCUCUCAACUCGGAGACUACUGGAGGCAACUCCGAAAGAUAUGCACCGUAGAGCUACUCACAACAAAGCGCGUGCAAUCUUUUCGGUCCAUACGAGAAGGAGAGGUGUCGGAGCUGGUUGAAAAAAUAAGGGCAAGUGAAGGCUCCGUUUUCAACCUCUCUCACCACAUUUACCUCAUGACUUUCGGCAUAGCGGCACGUGCGGCUUUUGGUAAGAAGAGCCGAUACCAGCAAGUGUUCGUGGCGAAGAUUAAGGAACAGUUGAAGCUUCUAGGAGGGUUUUCUUUGGCUGAUCUGUAUCCUUCUAGCCGAGUGCUUCAGCUGAUGGCCAAGGGCAAAAUUGAAAAGGUGCAUGGAGAGAUUGAUAGGCUCUUGCAAGACAUCAUCCAGGAACACAGGAAUAGAGAGGGUGUUGAAGCACUGGAAGAUCUAGUCGAUGUUCUUCUCAAGUUUCAACGGGAAAAUGAAUCGGAAUUUUCCUUGACCGAUGAAAACAUUAAAGCAGUUAUCCAGGACAUAUUCAUUGGUGGAGGCGAAACAUCAUCUUCUGUUGUGGAAUGGGGGAUGUCAGAAUUGAUAAGAAACCCAAGAGUGAUGGAAGAAGCACAAGCUGAGGUGAGAAGGGUGUUUGAUAGCAGGGGAUAUGUGGAUGAGACAGAAUUGCACCAAUUGACAUACUUAAAGUGUAUCAUCAAAGAAACCAUGAGAUUACACCCACCUGUGCCAUUGUUGAUUCCUAGAGAAGGUAGAGAGAGGUGCCAAAUCAAUGGAUAUGAGAUACCAGCUAAGACCAGGGUCAUUAUCAAUGCUUGGGCAAUUGGAAGGGAUCCUAAGUAUUGGCCUGAAGCUGAGAGUUUUAAACCUGAAAGGUUUCUUAAUAACUCCAUUGAUUUCAAGGGCUCAGACUUUGAAUUUAUCCCAUUUGGUGCUGGAAGGAGAAUAUGUCCAGGCAUUUCAUUUGCCAUACCCAACAUAGAGUUGCCACUUGCUCAAUUGCUUUACCAUUUUGAUUGGAAGCUUCCUAACAUCAUAAAAAAUGAAGAACUUGACAUGACUGACUCACAUGGAAUUACUUCAACAAGAAAAAAUGAUCUCUGCUUGAUUGCCAUUACUCGCAAGCCUUAAAAUCUAUUUGCCUAAAUAAUCCAUGUUUUAAACUAUUUCUCUUUUAUCCUUCACUACUUUCAGCAUUCUAUAACUGGACAAUGGCUAUAGGCUAUAUAAAAAUAAAUAAAGUGCUUGUGUUAUUUAUUUA